AUAUAUGUGUUUUGUUGUUUUCUUUGUUUUGUUUUGUUGUUUUGUUUUGUUGUUGUGUUUUGUUGUUGUUUUUGUGUUUUGUUUUGUUGUUGUGUUUUGUUGUUGUGUUUUGUUGUUGUGUUUUUCUGAUUGUUUUGUGUUUUAUUAUUUUAUUCUUGUUUUUGUUGUUCGUUUUGUUUUUGUGUUUUGUUGUGUUUUGUUUUCUUAUUUUGUUUUUGAUGUUAUUGUUUUGUGUUUGUUGUGUUUCAUUUUGUUUUUGUGUUUUUGUUGUUUUUGUGUUUUUCUGAUUUGUUUUGUGUUUUAUUGUUUUAUUCUGUUUUUGUUGUUGUGUUUUGUUGUGUUUUCUUUUUGUUGUUGUUGUGUUUUUCUGAGUUUUUCUGAUUUGUUUUGUAUUUUAUUAUUUUAUUCUGUUUUUGUUGUUCGUUUUGUUUUUACAAUAACUUUAACUGCCGGUUUAAUUCAAUUUGCAAUGGCUAUACUUCGAGUAGAAUUUCUUGCUUCAUAUUUAUCAGAUCAAUUAGUUAAUGGAUUUUGUACAGGCGCUGCAGUCCAUGUAGUUGGUGUUCAAUUAGGCAAAUUACUUCAAUUAAAUUUGGGGCAAGUUGGAGGGCCUGGAUAUUUGUAUAUUAUAUUUCUCAAUCUCAUUCAAAAAUUGCCUGAAGUCAAUUUAAUUGUUUUAUUCCUAUCAAUAUUUGGUUUUGCAUUUCUUUAUUUGGGAAAAGACGUUUUUAGCCCAAAAUUUGGAUAUCUAAUACCCUUUGUUAUUCCUUUUGAACUUUUGCUUGUAAUACUAGCUACAGCUGUUUCUUCUUUUGCCAAUUUACGAGACAAUUUUAAUGUGACCGUUUUGAAUUUUGUUCCAACUGGUUUACCAGAAGCUCGUCUCCCUCGACUAGAUUUAUUACCUUAUGUUUUUGGCGAUGCUUUAGAAAUUGCUUUUGUUUCAGUUGCUUUACAUUUAUCCAUGUGUAAAGUUUUUAAUAGAAGAAUGGGUACAAAAACUGAUAAUAAUGUGGAAUUAUAUGCCUUGGGACUCGUAGAUUCACUUUCAUCAUUUUUUACCGCCUAUCCAGUAACAAGCGUUUUAGGGCGUUCUAUGCUUAAUGUUGAAUGUGGAGCUAAAACACAAUUUUCUGGAUUAAUUACUGGCCUUCUCUUACUUGUAGUAAUUCUUUGGUUAGGCCCAAUACUUUCUUCUUUACCUGUUUGCAUUUUGGCAGUAAUAAUUAUUUUUUCAAUGAAAUGUGCUUUUGAAAAAAUUCCUAGAGAAUUUUUGCAUUUAUGGAGGGUCUCUAAAAUCGAUUUUCUAAUUUGGAUUGUAACAAUAUUUGCCACAAUACUUCUCAAUGUUAUGCAAGGCCUAGCUUUAGCCGUUACCUUUGCUUUAUUAACAACAAUAUUUAGAAUUCAAUGGCCUCGAUGGCAUUUACUUUCUAAUUUAACUGGGACAGAAAAUUAUAGAGAUUCUGGUAGAUAUAAAAGGUUUACACCUUUUGGACAUGGAAUUAAAAUUUUUAGAUUUGAUGCUCCUUUGCUUUUUACAAAUGUUGACCAUUUUGCCAAAUCGGCAAUAACAGCAAUUCUUACAGAAUCUCCUUCAAUUCCCAGCAAUAAUAAUAAUAUUACUAUUAAUGGUUCAAGUCGUGAUAAAAAUUUAUUUAAAAUUAAUGGAACUCGUAAAAGUGAUAAAAUAAAGAAAUUCGAUUUGAAUACACACUCCUUGUUGGAAAGAAGAAUAAAAUCAAGUGGUGUUAAAAGCCUUAUAGUUGACUGUACAGGAUUUACUUUUGUAGAUUAUACAAGUAUUAAUGCUUUAGCUGAUUUAUUUCAUCAACUUUGUGAAUUAAAUAUUAAUGUACUCUUUGCUGGUGCAAAGGCUCCAGUUCGCGAUAUGUUGGAAUCCUGUAAUUUUUUCAAUUCUGUUCCAAAAGAGCAAUUUUACCCAACAAUACAUGAUGCUGUUUUGGCAGCUUCUAAUAAAAAAAAAUGGCAAAAAAGACGAAGAGGUUUUCACUCAGAAUUAUCACUGAAAAAAAUAUCUGGAGGGGGAGGAAUUCAAGACGAUACAAAUUCUUUGUGUGUAGGAGCAAAUGAACUUCAUCAAUGGUCAUUUAAACAAUCUACAGAUACACACAUAAUUAUUAAAGAAGAGGAGGAAGAGGAAGAAUUGAAGGAAGAGGAAAGGAAAGAAAAUUUAUUUGUUGUUGAGUUUGGAUUGGGAACUUUGGAAAAUUUAAAUAAUAGUGAAGAAAAUAAAUAA